AACAAAAUGGCCGCUUGCGAACAUGGAUGCAUAUGCUGAAGAGGCUGAGGAAUCACGCAGAUAUUCGUUUCUUUUAGGUUCAGCAUUGCGAAACGAAGACCCUGAACAGUUUUUCAAAGUUUAUGAACGCAUUUUACAAGAGACAAAAUCACCAGAGCAGCUUGAAGCUGUAAAAGAGCAGGCAAGAGGCUUCUUUGAACUGACGGAAGAGGACUUCAGUGAUCUUACUGUUAACACCAGGGAAUUCAGUUUAGCUCGAUCAAAACCCAACAGUUGUAAGAGCUCCACUGAAGUGAAUGACAGUUCAGCAAAAGAAACAGGUACUAGCUUGAAGAACAAGAUGUCCAGCACCUCUGGUACAAAGACAGCUACCUUGGACUCUCUAGCAGAUGAUUUAAAGUAUAUAGAUGAUGAUGAAGAUAGUGGUUCUCCCAAGCCUAAGCCUAGUUUGGAGUCACUCUCUCGCACCUCUAGGCAUUUUGCUAGUGGUUCUGACACAGGCAGUGUCAGUGAGGAGCGAAGCAUGGGGGAUGACUCUGGAAUAUUCAACUCCAGCAGUAAAGGGACAAUUAGUAGUCCCUCUAAUGAUGGAAGUGAUUCAGAAUCCAGAGGAGUGUUUGACUAUUAUCCAAUCAACAGUGUUAAAUCCUACACAACUGCCAAAUCCUCUAAUUCCAAAAUAGAGGUAGCUCACAACAAGGCUUAUGAUGAAGCUGUCUCUGUGGACUCAGAAGGCACAGUGACAGACUCCGAUUCUCCUCGUAGUGUCUCCUCCAUACAGGAGGCUAAUCAGAGUGAGGGCACCGAAAUGACCACAUUCAGGAUAUCUUCUUCCACUGCUCAAAUCACUGCUUCUCAUAGUAGUAGUAGUAAAUCUUCAGGGUACAAUGAUGAUGAUGACAGAAAACUCAUGGACAAUGUUGCAGUCCACCAGCGUCUGUAUGGAAAUGACAGUAAAGUACCAUACACCCGCAUGGAGGAGGAAGACCUGGAUGACUCUGGAGAAGAUGUGACGUUACGCUCACUAGAAGUCAGCAGUGAUAGGUACAAAAAGGACAGCAAAGACUUAAAGAUAAUGUUCCCAAACAGUACAAAAUAUGGUAGCUUUUCCAACAAACCUACUUCAGCUGUGGAUAGCAGCAUUAAUUUCUUCGGAGCAGGAGGAAGAACCUGUGGAUCUCUAAAUAAUAAAUCCAGUGACUCUGUCAGAAUAGAAAAGACUGAGACAUCCAGGCCUAAAGAUCAGCCCCCAUUUGGUGACCCUGUAUCCAUGAUGGAAUUGGGGCAGUCUGUAAGUGGCCUUAUCUCCUCCAAAACUGACACAGACAUCCCAGACUUACCAGAGAGUGAGCCACUUUUGAAGAAGGUUGAAGAAACGGGUAAAUCUGGAGAUGAAAAUAACAAGAAAAAGAAGAAGAAAAAGAAAACGACCAAAGAUGAUGCAGGCAGUGACUCCUCAGAAACUUCCAAAGGCAAAGCAUCAUAUGAUGUGAAUGGAAAUCCAGAGACGUCUGGCCCAACCAAGUCUCAAGUAGGGUUCAAUCAGCGUACAUUUACUCAAGUUCGCAGAAGUGGCACCAGCACUAAUUAUGUGAGAGCCUACCAGAGAAGUGCCUUUCCCUCAAUGCUUCAUCAUUUAAAUGAGUAUGAAAUAAAUCAGAUGCCUGUUUCUGAACUUGAGGACAUGCCAUCAUCAUCAUCAGCGGACCAUAGUUACUAUCUGAAAAAGAUGCGCAAACAAGCAAGGAAAGAACGGGAGGAGAAGGCUAUAGAUGCAAAAGAAAUCCCUGGUCAUCAAGGCAAUAAACAGGUAGAUGAACUGUUGGAGUUUAUCGAGAGUUCAGGGGGAAAGAAAAAGAAAACUACAUCAAGCAUGAACAAUAGUCAUUCGUUGCCGAACAACUUAAGUAACAAGGCCAGAAAAACAUUGACAAAAGAUGAGAAAAAGAAAAGCUUGUCCGAGUCACAUGACCAUUCUAGCUCUGAGACAGGGAGUGACAAUGGCGAAGAGCCUAAUGGCUACCUACGUAAUAAUGACAAAGACAAAAUUGAGGACUAUGGAAAUGAAAGUGACACUGAAGAUUUACCUGAAGGGAGUGACCAGAAAAACUUUGAUUAUGUAGCCAAGGAGGAAACACAGUCAAAAGUUUCCUAUGAAACUGUUGAAGCAGAAUAUCUAGUGCAAAGUCUUGUAUCAACCAGUGAAGCUGACAGUGAAGAAAACCCUCCUGCCAUUGGAAGCACAGAGGACAGUGCUCAAUUUUCAACUGUGGAAAAUAGGGAUCACUUUAUUUUCACAGAUAUUGAUAUGCCACAGGUGAAAGAGGACAAAUUUGAGACUGUAAUUCAUAAGAAAAAGAAACAACGCCCAACUGGUGUUUUUACCCCACCAUACUUUGAACAUCGCCGUGAGCCUCGUUUUGAAGAGAGGAGGAGACCUGUGAGGUCAGUAACACCACCUCCAAACUCUAUACAUGUGGCUUCUGGAGAGAAACAGACUGACAGAGCCUUGAGUCCAUCAGCUUUUCCUGCACUGCCUCAUGGUAUGGGUCGUGAAGGGAGGAGGAAUUCCACAGGCAAUGUGGAUACCCUUCCAAACCAGGAUGACAGUGAUAUAGAAUCUGUUAAGUCACUUCCUGUGUCAGACACAAUGGAUAUAAAAUCAUCCACUGCUCCAUCAGAUGUAGUCAAACCAUUGCCAAUAUCAUAUGCAAAGAUAGCUGCUUCACCAAAACCCAAUCCCAGUAGUCAAGUUUCACCUCGAGUCCAUCCUCAGCCUGCAGAAACAGAACAGCAACGCAGGCAUUCAUUCAGUCAUCAUGAUCAUAAUUUAAUAGGCAGCAGUGGUGAAGGGUCUGACUUGAAAAGCAAAAAUGAUGUGAUUUCUCGUAGCCAAGAACUCCCAACUAGUUUGGAAAAGGCUGAGAACGCUUCUGUAUCUAAUACAGGCUAUGCUUGUGUUGUAAAAGCAAAGAGAAAACUGAGUGAUGAGUUCGGGGUUUCUGCCACAUUCAACUCCUCGUCUUCUUCAGUUUCAGGGGAGAAACCUGUUGGUAAUCUUGCUGUGACAAAAACAGAAAGAAAACUUGGAACAUGUAACAACUUCAAUUCCUCCACAGAGGUCAAUAAAGCAGUGCCUUCUGUGAAUUUGCCAAAACAAAACGCUCCAUUGGCUAGUCAAACACAACAGCAGUUCUCAAAGUCAGAAACUGUACAAAAAAUGCCAAAACCAGAACUUGUCUCUUGUAAUAAAAGAAGUGAGAAUACAGUGCUGAUGAACUCUAGCAAACCUCAACAUUUUCAGAAUAUAUCUGCAGCUUCAAACGCUGGAGUAACAAUGCCUUCUGUGAACUCUAAGAAAUCAUCCAAGAACACAAAGUUUCUUGUUUUCUUAGACAAAAAAGAAGGAGACACCUCUAACCUUGGGAUAUCAUUUGGCUUUGAUGAGAACAUGCCAGACAUGCUGGAGAAUGUGCCAGCUCAGGAUAUCCCUGCUGUGGACACUACCCCUGAUAUAAUAAGAAACAGCAGUGGGGGGAAUAAUAAGCAAGCCAAGCCAGGCAUGGAGAUUAGUUUCAUGGACAGUUGUGACAUCGAGCCUACCAUGGACAGGGGCUAUGAUGUUAAAGGUGGCAUUGGUAAAGCACAGGCAAAGCUUAAUGGACUGGUUGCACCAGUUCCUAUGCCUCAGAGUGUCAGUGUUGCAAUGCCUUGGGGAAAGGUGAACAAUGCAGGAAAAAAUGCUCAGCCCUCUUUCUUGGCUGAAGACUUUCCACCUAUCACCAAAGCUGAUAACAAGAAGAUGGUCACACCUAGUCACAAAGGAAUGUAUGAAAAUGACUUCUUGGGGACUUUCAGUAUUGAGGAUGCUGCAAGCUUUUUAAUCAGAGAAUGGGAUAGACUUGUUACCAAGGAUAGCAGAGGUGUGGAAAAUCUGUUUUUCUCAGACCAGUGGCAAUGAGGAGAAGAAUGGGUACUUUUUCCUGAAAGGACAUUGGACUUGUUGACAAAACUGAACACAACUAAAUCACAAUAUGUAAGUGUCUGCUGUGGGGUAUCCUCCACCAGUUGCCAGCAGAUGAUUUCAGAUGAGGAGGUGACCUGUUGGAAUGGAGUAUUGUGUCUUGUGGCACAACUAACACAAUGAGGAGCUGUGAUGUUUGGCUUGUUCAAAUGACCAUUCCUGUCUGUAGGUUAUCUACAGACUCAAGUUUCUUUUGUAUCUUCUGACAAUAUUAAUUAUUAUUAUGAUAUUGAUAAGAAAUAUAUAAAAUGUUUUUCUAAAAACAAAUUUAAUUUCAAAAAGUGAAAAAAAAAAAAAAAGAAAUAUGAGACUUGGUGGAAAAGUGGCAACCAAGUUGCUCUUUCAUUUUUUUCUUAUAUCUAAGGGUUUUAUGGGGAAUGGGAACCCAUUAAAACCUCAGCUCAUUGACAAUAUGGAAGCAUCUUGAUAUUAUUGGGAAUGUCACAGUUUAUAAAGGGUUAAGCAUAUGGGCAGUAUUUUUCAGGUUGCAGUCCACCUAUUGGAUUCUUAAUUUUAAGUCUGUGUUAGGUAUAGAUAGUAUAAUGUUUUCUGCUUAGAUACACUACUGGUGAACAUGAACAUUGAAUCUUAACUCUUUCUCUGCAUUAGGAAAGUUGCACCUGUGGAUUGCUGGCCUAACUGGAAUGCAUUUUACUUUGAUCUAGAUUAAGUCGAAUUAUUAUGUCAGUUAUAGAGAGUGGUGGAUUAUAAAGUAUUUAGUGUUUAGUGACGGAUUGGCCAUUGAAAACUCACUGGUCCUCCAAAUAUUUUACUGUCCAUCUGUAUGACCCAGCUAUUACUCUGACACUGUGGACAAGAGUUUUUUAAGCGAUGGUACAAAUCAGAAUGGCUUUUGAAUGUGAGCCUAAGACAAAAUGGAGUGAUGUACGUAAUAGAACAUGGAUUACCAACGGGUAAGUUUCCUGGGGAAAUUGUUGAUGUGACAAAAUUGGUUUGUUGGAGGGUAAACUGAAAUUUACCUUGAAUGAUAGCUUGGAGAGAUACAGCAUAACCUAUAAUACUACAAAAACAACAAAUUUUGCUUUUUCUGUGUAUUUGCUGAUCAAAAGAUGGCGAACACUGCAGUAUUUAAUGUCUCUGAUUUUGGUUGUUUAAAACAAGGCCAAGUUGCUUCCAAGCAUCUAAUGUUGUUAAUGUUAUUGUUGUUGCAAUAUGACUGUGAUGAUAGCAUUACACUUUGAACUACCACAACUACUUCAAUGUAAUGUGGUAUCACUUGGUAGACCCUUGAUGACAUAUAUAGAGAUUAGCAAUUCUUUGAAGUAGACUGAAGUACUUUUGAUCUUGCAUUGCCCUUCCUUUUGUGACUUUCUAUGCCUAUGCACUUAGGGUUUUAAAACAGUUGUAAUGUCAGUACUUUUUGUUAAGUUAUUAUGACAGAGACCUAUACUAUUGUCAUGAUGUUACUGCCUUGUUAGAGGUCAUGAGAUAUCGUCUCCUGUCUCUUUUUUUACAUCCCUACCAUAUAUUCCUCUUAUGGCACUUUUCCUUCAACAAGGAUAAAUUGCAUUAAAAAAAGAUGUUGAUUUUUGUUGACUGGGCCUGUUACAAUGAUAGCUAGCUUAUUGUUGUGCUGACAUCUUGGCACAUCUAACACACUUAUAAAGUACCUGGUGCACAGCCAUGCUACAGGUUCUUUGUUAAUGUUCUGUAUGCACAAUGGCAGAAUCUUGUGUAGCAACCAACAAAAGUUUGGUAGACACAGACAAUUCUUUUUGCACGUAUACAAUACCUGAAAGAUGCUGGGCAAUUUAUGGUUACUGGUUGUAUUGUAGACAAUCUUUAUGACAGUUGUGUAAAACUAUUGGGUAUGUGUGAAAAUAAAUGGACUCGAGGUUAAAAUAGUAAUAUUAAUUUUACUCUUAUUUUUGCCAUAUUAACAAGAACUUAGUUCUUUCUGCAUUUUUUAAGAAAUAAAAGUUAAAACUACAUACAACAACAUUUAAAAAAACCAUUUUAAUUAUUUUUUUAUCUAUAAAAAAACCAUUUACUUUUUCAUUCAUUUUCACACAGUUAUUCAAUAUAUUAGAACACCUGGAUAGAGUAGAUCCUUAUGUUGAGCCAAGGAGGGCUAGUAUGUCCUGACCAUAGAAGUUAGUACAGAUAUAGUAUUCAAGGAAGUAUCAUAUUUGGGAAGUGCAAUUGGUUCUGUGCCACGACAUGGCAGCACAAUUUUUACUUUUUAUUUGAAAGCUGGAAACGGCAGCAAAAUUGAUACUUUAUAUCCUUCAAUAUUGUUAUAUGUUAAUUUGUAAUUAUAAAGUUAUAGCAAAUACCCUUCCUUGGCUCAUUAAUAUUAUAAACAUUGCUGUCUGUUCCCUCCCAAUUUGGCUUAUGUAUGUGUGUGCUUGAUAAUAAUUAUACAUUUGUAGAACAUUGAUUUGAUUUAUCAGAAAGAAAAUUAAAGAGGUACAUUAUUAAAAGUAAAAAUUAAACAUGGCUCAAUUUGCAUUAUGGAAAAAUUAUUAAAAAGUGUUGACCUUGUGUCACUGUUGGUUCAGUUAUGAAUAAAUGACUGAUGCUACAAAUGCAAA